AUUUGUCUCUCAUUGAGCGGAUGUCACGUGGCAAAUUAUUUUUUUUUUCUCGACCCUUGAUAUUUCAUUUGAGCUACGAAUCCAGGAAGAAGAAGUUAAAGCCUCCAGUUCGCGGACAACUACGUUCAACCGCGGCCGAUUUUUUUUUUAUUUUUGCACUCAGUGAAGAAUUUUAUAUUUCAUUAUUUAUUAGGUAACAAACAAAGUAAUAAUAAUGGGGCGGACAGCCUUUAUUCUGUCUAUUUUUUUCUUCUUUGCUGUAAGCAAUGCUUUGUACCAGCAGGAGAGGUACAGAUCGAAACGAAGUGUUGAUAUUUACGAUAUAGAAGAACCAGUGGAAAAUAAACUUCCUCGUGAGACAAAACCACUUCACUAUCAAAUAGAAAUUCAACCUUUUAUCAAUGAAACAAAAUUCAAGGGUAGGGUACGAAUUAACGUUACGUGGAUUAGACCAACGGAGAAAAUUGUUCUUAAUGUUGGCCGUGAUCUUGAAAUUGUACACGCCAAUGUUAAAUUUACAAAAUUCAGUAACGCCUAUUCAACUCCAGAGGAGCUUUCAACAGUAUCCGUAGUGCAAAUGGGUAAAGGACCCAAAAUUUCAUGGUACACAAUUAACUUCAAUGACACUUUAAUGGCAGGAGCAAAUUGUGAAAUAGAUAUUACUUACUAUGGCAAUAUGUCAACAACUAAUACUGCAGGUCUUUUCAGAAAUGACUACAUUGACGGUGAUGGAAAAAGCCACACAUUCUUAGCAACAUAUAUGAAACGAAAUAAUGCCCGAAAAGUAUAUCCGUCCUUUGAUGGAUUUACAUUUAAAGCAACCUAUCAACUUAGUUUAAUUUAUCCAAAAAAUAUGACAGCUUUAUCCAAUAUGCCUGUAGUAAGAGAAACUGACGUACCCGGAGAACCAAAUUUAACAUGCAGACAAUUUGCACAAUCACCAGAAAUGCAAACUAAUCAGCUGGCAUUUGUUAUAUUUGAUUUUGAAAGUAUAACUCCCACGAAUAGUGUGGAUCAAAUAUCUAAAGAUAAAUUUGAAAUUCGUGUUUGGGGAAGAAAAGGCUAUGUGGAAUCAUUAAAACAAGUUCCAGAUAAAAUUGUCAGAAUUGUCAACUAUUUGCAAACCUAUUUUAACAGUACAACAGGUUUGACAAAACUAGAUGUGGUUGCAAUGCCCAAAUAUGAUGCUGCAAAAGCGUCAGAUAAUUGGGGAUUAAUGUUUUUCAAAGAAAGUGACAUAAGUAGUCCAUUAAUAUGGAACACGGCUUAUGAAAUAAUACAUCAAUGGAUAGGACAAUCCACAACACCUGUUCGUUCAACUGAUGCAUUAAUGGGCAAAGCUUUUAGUUCCUUUUUGGCAUCAAUGACAACAAUGGAUCUUAAUCCAGAUGAAUUGGAAGGAAAGUGGCCAAUGACCGUUUUAUACUCUCUAUAUUACGGAUAUGGUAAAAGUGUUCGUAGCAAUGGAUUUGGCAUUAUCAAAGACUCAAGAUGUGCCAAAUACGAAUUAUUAUUCCGAAUGUUUAAUUACACUCUUGGAAUGGAAAAUUUCAGGGCUGGUAUAAGAAGUUUCAUUGAAAAUAUACCAACAAUGAAUCAUCAUAUAGGACCAAGGACUUAUUUCUACUCAGACUUUUAUAAGGCAAUGAAUGAAGUGGCAAAUAGAACUGGUUAUCUUCCGGCGGGUACAACCCUAAGCAAAGUUGCAGACCCUUGGAUUGAUCAGGACAGAUUGCCACUUGUCACGGUCAAACGUGAUUACGACACCGGAACUAUCAACAUCACGCAAAAACGUUAUCUCAGAGAGGGUCCUUCAAAAUAUUCAAAUUAUGAAAAUGGAUUAACAUGGUACAUUCCAUUAGUUAUGAUUUCUCAAGAGCGAUUAAAUUUAAGUAAUACUAAACCUACAGUGUGGCUGCUUUCGGAUGAUGCAAUAAAACGCAAUAAGAAAGGAGUAAAUGUCACUAUGAAUGAUUUCGUUUCCUCAAACAGUUUUAUCAUUGUUAAUCCAGAAGAAAUUGGUCCUUUCCCAGUAAAUUAUGAUUCUCUAAAUUGGAGAAGAUUAUCUGAAUUUCUCCAAGGACCUGAUCGUGAAAGAAUUCCACCCUUAACCAGAGCAAAAUUGUUCCAUGAUUCUUGGAAUCUUGCAUAUGCCAAUGAACUAUGUUUCGAUAUUGCAUUGAAUAUGACUUUGUUCUUAAAAAAUGAAAGAAAUCAUGUUGUUUGGGAGCCUGUUUUUACCAUGAUCGAUCAUAUUGGACGAAGAAUUCAAGGAUCUGAUAUUUAUGUCAAAUUUCAGGCGUAUAUUCGCAGCUUAUUGAAACCUCUAUACACUGAAUUAAGUGAAAGUGAACAAGUUAGUGAUCCUUCAUGGAAAACGCAUAUGAGAGGCUUAUCAAAAAUCUUUCUAUGUCGUGCUGGUUAUGAGCCUUGCAUUUUGGAAGCAAGAAAACAAUUCAAAAAAUGGCUCACUGAUGAGGAACCAGACAAAGGAAAUCCUGUUGCAAAUGAAUUCCUUUGUCCGGUAUUUAAAUGGGGUACAACAGAAGAAUGGGAAUUUGGACUUCAGCGUGUCAUUAAUUUCCCCCAGAACAAUGAAAGAAAACAAAGCGAAAGAACUUAUCUUUUGAAAACCCUAGCAGGAUGUCCCAAAGAUUGUUAUAAAAUAAGAAGAUUACUACAAGUAACAAUUAUUGAACAAAACCCCAACAUUUCAACAUCCGAUAUACAUUUGAUAGCAAGUACAUUAACAGGAAGUGCAACCGGAUAUACGACAUUGUUUGAUUUCUUAGCUGAUCAUUGGGACGUGGUAAAAACUAGAUUUGCCGCACAUCCAAAUCUAUGGAAUCGAAUUAUUAAUACUGCAAUUUCAUCAUUUAAUACACAAGAAGGAUAUGAAAAAGUUGCUAAAUUAUAUGCCAGUAAACAAGAGGAAUUCAAAAAUGAAUUCCAAACUAUUAUUGAAGAAGCUCUAGAAAAUAUCAAAAGAGAAACACAGUGGAGCGAAAAGAAUUUCCCUGUCAUUAAUGCAUGGUUGGAUACAAAAUUGACAAAACAAAAUCUUGAACAAAGCACUUUAACAAGUACAAACAGUUCUGAAUUAUCGUCACACAUGGCUGGUUGAAAUAUUUAUGAUUUUUGGUUGUAAAAAAAAUUUUUUUUUUUAUAUUUGUGGUAAGAACAAUAUUAUAAAGUUUGAAAGCAAAUAAUGUAACUUUCACAUAAGUUACAUAUAAAACUGAUUCACGAAUAGAAAAAAUAUAUUCUUGCCUUAUUAAUUGUAAUUGGUAAUUUUUAUAACAAAAUUUUAAUUUUGAAAAAGUAAAAAUUAUUUCAUUUAUUCGCAAAAAUCUGAAUUAGUGAUAAAAAAGCAAAGAUUUUUAUAAAUUAAGUUAAUUUAUUAAAUUUUGUUUUUUGGUGCAAAUUUUUAUUGAUAAUUUUUAUCACUAAUUCAGAUUUUAGAAAUGAAAUAUAAAUAUUUUUUUAUGUAUUAUUUAUUAAUUAACAUGAAUUCUGUAGUGACUCCAUGUAUAUUCAUUUAAUUAAUUAGUAUAAAAUAAAUUGUGAAAGUUACGAGUAUUAUCUAAAAUUUUGGAUCAAAUUUGGAAUCAGAGUUCUCUAAAUCUGAAUAAGUGAAAUUUUUAUUCAGCACUCUGUUGUACAUUUAUAUUGUUUAAAAGAAACUUAUCAAAUAGUUUUAAGGUAUACAUCACUUGUCAAAUAUAUUUUAUAUAUUGUUCAUCGAUUAAUGAACCAUUACAUUUAAUUUUAUUUUAAUAUCUAUUUCAAUUAGAAUAGAAAUAAUGUAAGCAAAAAAUAUUUAAUGAAUAUAAAAAUCUGACAAUAUUGUAAUUGUACAAAAUAAUAAACUUUAUGUAUUAUUACUUAUAAUUUGUACAAAAAACGUUUUUAAAUUAUUUUUUCACAUCUUUGUACAUGAUUGAAAGAAAUAAAACUUAAAAAUAACA